ACAGCCCGGGGAAACGGGGAAAGACGAUCCGAACUUUUUGUCACAAACUCUGCAGGAAUCUUUUCAACCAAAGCGUCCGGAAAGGAUGAGAACGGAAAAAAGCUGCAGUGAGGAGGUGGAUGUGGCGCAGAUCCAGGAGAUGUGUGUCAUUUUUCUGAGGGAAUGUCCCAGUGGCGCCUUGCAUUUGCACGAGUUCAAAAGGAUCUUCGGCGUCCAGAGCAGCUCGGCAGAGGAGUCCCUCUUCCUCGAGACGAUCUUCCGCUCGUUCGACACCAACCAGGACAACACGCUGGACUUCAUCGAGUACGUUGCUGCCCUCAACUUGAUCUUGAGGGGAAAUCUGGAAGAUCGGCUCAAGUGGUCCUUCAAGAUGUACGACCGCGAUGGGAACGGGAAGCUGGACAGGAAGGAGGUGAAGCGGCUCAUAAGGAUUCUUCAGAAAAUCAAGCUUCAGAAGAGUGAAGUCGGACUGACUCCGUCCCAAAUCUGUGACCGGAUCUUUGAGCUCGUUGAUGACAAUAAUGACGGAGAGAUAACCCUGGGUGAGUUUAUGGAGGGGGCCCAGAAGGACGAGUGGCUCAUGGACCUUCUCAAUCUAGAUGCCGACACGUCCGGCUGGGUGAUCCAGAACUGCAGAAAACUACCAUGACGCCUCACUUUUAGUGCUCAUUUUUAACCUCUUCCUCUGGUUUAAAAAGACUUGCCUUGUGGUUCUGACCCAUCUCAUGAACUUGGAGUUGGAUCGCUUAAUGUGGCAGAAGUUCUGUUGGGAUUCUGUGCCGGUCCGAUGGACAGUGAGUGGGUUUUAGCGAUAAAUAAAGACAAAUGAACUGCUAAACAUUCACAUCUGAAAUCCACACUGAUGGACUAUUGCAGUUUUCAAUUUAGCUGAAUAUUAUUUCCUACAUUUUGGGUCUUCAUAGUGAUGCAUUGAGAUCAUGAAUAUUUUAUUU